GAGCUGCAUAUGCGUAUGAAGACGAGACGUCAAGCGAUAGUGAUGAUGAAGUACUCAAAAGAUUCAAAUCAUCAAUGGAAGCUACAGCGGCUAUCAAAAGAUCUGGUAGCAGGUACAGCCAAAAAGCCUCUGGGAGUCCGACCAUGUUGCCAAAAUCAAGUAGCAGAACUCCUGUUUCUACGCAAAGCUCUAUUGAUAAAUCUCAGGUGAAACAACCAAUUGCUGAUCAUGUGACCAUUGACAAUGAAACUACAAAAAGAACAGCUCCUGAUAAAACGCCAACACCAACAGGUCCAAGGGUUGGCAAACUUAUUGACAUGGAUUCCCCUGUGCAUCAAAUGUCCUCACCGUCUAAAACCUCUAUUGCGACUGAACCACGCCCUUCUUCAAGGGAGUCUACCAAAGAAGCUAGUGGUGCAAGCGGUGAGGGAAGUGCUCCUCCUAGCCAGCCUCGUAGUCCACCACUAAGUGAACCAGGAGCAGGAGAAAUACCGACUUCAUUGACUGGUUCCCUUACCACAGGAUCAGCACAUACUUUAGAAGGGACCCAAACUUUUAACAACCAGGCCUAUGAUGGUGUUUCAGUGUCAGAGAGUGAGCAUGUUACUGAUGAGCACAUGUUCGAUGUCAGUGAUCUUCAGAACGAUGUUCCGUUAAUCUCAAAAUGUGGUAACAUUGAAGUGACAUUUAAUUACAUUGCGCACAAAUCUCGUAUGGAAGUUACGAUCCACCAAGCGCAAGAUAUACCUGCCAAAGAACGCGGAGGCGCAAAUAAUACGCAAGUGCGGUUAUUGUUGUUACCGACCAAGAAACAGCGUCAUAAAACAAAAGUAAAACAGGGAGAUAACCCAGCAUUUGAAGAGACCUUUGUGUUCAAUAAAGUAUCCCAAGAGGAAGUUUUAGGUUAUGGAGUAAGAUUCCGGUUGUACGGUGUAGAGCGAAUGCGCCGGGAGCGAAUGAUAGGAGAAAGUAUUAUAGGCUUUGCGUCCCUCACCAUGGAUGCUCCAUCAACGCACUGGGUCAUUCUAGAACCUCGUAGUAAUCUUAGUCAAGGAGAUUCAAACGCAGAUGUUGCAAGUUUGUCUCGCAGUGACAGUGCUUCAUCUACACAGUCAUUACAACAUGGGGGUAUGCCUGAACUAUUAUUAGGGCUUGCCUACAAUGGUACUACUGGGAGAUUGUCUGUGGAAGUAAUCAAGGGAAGUAACUUCAGGAAUAUGGCAAUGAAUAGAGCCCCAGAUACAUAUGUAAAACUUACACUGAUUGCUCCGAAUGGUAAAGAAGUUGCUCACAGCAAGACCUCUGUGCGGCGUGGUCAGCCAAACCCACUGUUUAAAGAGACAUUCAUGUUCCAGGUGGCGCUUUUUCAAUUAGCAGACGUCACUUUAAUGGUGUCUGUUUAUAACAAAAAAUCUAUGAAGAAGAAAGAGAUGAUUGGAUGGUUUGCUCUGGGAUUAAACAGCUCAGGGGAGGAGGAGAACUCUCAUUGGACAGAUAUGAGGGAGAGCAAGGGAGAUAAUAUAUGCAGAUGGCAUGUGCUUUUAGAAUCCUAGUACACUCCCUUUAUUUGACAGGAAAGUGGUGUGGAAGUGAAAAUAACUAGAAAUGCAUUGCAAAAAAAUGAAUUUUGUAAUGGGAAAAUUAUUAAAGAAACAUUUGAAGUUGUUACAAGGGAAUUAUUUCUCAUAUAACUGCAAAAAAAUGUGUACAAAUAUUUACACCAUGACAGAUUUAUGGCUGAUUUACUUACAGAACUAAUUACUCAGCUGCAGAGAAAAUUGAAGCUGUUAAAAUGAUUUUGAAAAUUCCAAGGAAAGGGCCAUUUUUGACUAGUCAUAAUAGUUUAUAAUGUAUAGAAAUGAUGCAAAAUGUGAUAUAACACUGUUAUAUAGUAUAAAAAUGUAUGAUCAUGUACUUAAUACUGUUUUUAUAUCCAUUUUUCUUUUUAGUUUUUAAUUUAGGAACUAGUGAGAGAAAAAUAAAUUGGUGAUUGUUUUUUACAUUUUUUAGGGUUUUCAUUUUUAUACAAAUAUUUGGCUCUUUGUUUUAGAGUGCACAUAAUGUUAGUUUAUAUACAAAAGAGCCAAACAUUUUACACUGAAUUCCCUGUCACAAUUUGGUUUUUAACCAUUUCAAUGUUUAUUUUGUACAUCAAAUAUGCGAGGCUAAAAUUUUGGUACCUGUCGUUUUUUUUCAACAUCAUUUCUUUACAUUUUAUGUACAAAGUAAUAUAAAAAUAUAUGUAAUAAGAGAUCUGUACCAACCUCUCCUCUUUGAGUACAGAAAUAGAACUGUUAUAUGUAUGGUCCUCAAAAAGCAUGCAUUUUUUUACAUAUUUUUACAAUGCAGUUUUGUGAUGGGUUUUGCUAUAGAUGAAGGCACGUGAGACAGAUUUUAAAUUGGAACAUUCCUAUGAUAUGCCAACCCUGGUUGUGAAUUGGUUGAUCAGUAGAUUUUGAUUUUUGUAACACAAACUGGUUUUAUUAAAUGAUAUUAAGGAGAUGAAUUAUGGUUAAUUAUAACACAGAGAUAUCUGUUAUUGUUAUAAAUUAUAUGCACCUUUGUGUAUAAGCUGUUAAUUUUUGGGAAUUCAUAACAGUGACAGUGAUUAUUGUUAUAAAUAAUGUUAUUUAUAACAUAGAAAUUUGUCAUUGCUAUGUCUGUACCAGUAAAUAACAUUGACAUAUGUUAUUAUUAUUUAUAACUUUGUGAAACUAGUUAUUUAUAAAACAGCAGUGUGUUAUUGUUAUAAAUAACAUAAGGAUAUAUGUUUAUUUAUAGCAUGGAAGACAUAGAUAAAAGUUGUGUUAUAAAACAGAAUGAUUAUAUUGUUAUUAAUAGCAUGAAAAGUUAAUAACCUUUGUUAUAUUAUACAGAGAGAUGAUGUUAUUAAUGAUGAAAUAAGUUAAAAAUGGUUCUGUGUAUCUCAUUUAAGUAUUGUUAUUAUCAUUAUAAAUUCUAGUAUAUACUGUUAUUUUGGUUAUUUUGCGACAUGAAGUAAUGUUAUUAUAGGCAUUUUUCUGAAAAGUCAAGUUGUUAUGGUUCUUAUUAAUAUCUUUAGAAAUUAUUUUAUUUUAUUUUCCUUUUCUUGAUAAUUUAUUGAAAAUUAUGUACAUGGACAGUGUGAUGAUAUUAUGUAAGAGCACAAAAUAUAUAAAUUUUGUAAUUGGUUGUUAUUUGUAAUGCAAGUUAAUUGUUUUAGUUUGUUUGUUUUUAAAUAAGACACAAAGGGUUAUCUUAUUUUAUAAUUUAAAACAGGCAGUUGUUAAAAUUUAAACAAGUUGUUUAAAGCAGUAAGAUGCAUUUAUUAUAUUUAAAAAAAAUUCAUGUUCUGUAUGUGAGAAUACCAGACAGGUUGUAAGAAACACAAGUAGUUGUUUAGUUUAUAUGUUGCUGUAACUGUAAGCAGGAAGCUACAUUUCAAUAUCAACGUCUGGGAAUAUUUUAUAAGAAUGAUCUACCAAGAUUUUUUAAAAUUUCUUUAUGUAGCUUCAAGAACCAGAUAGGUUGUGCUUUCAAAUCAGCUAGAUUUGACAAAAGUGAAUAAUUAAUUUCAGAUAAUUGUACUUUUUCAUGUUACACUCUAAAUAUAGUGAGUGGAUAAGAUGAAUUAAAUUGAGAGAAAAACUUCUAUUCAUGGAUACUGAUUGUAACUUUUCAUUUACCUCUUUAUUUAGACAAAUGUAACUUUUCAUUUACUCCUUUUUUAGACAAAUCUAUGACUUGGCAUAAUCCUCUAAUACUUUAAGGCCAUUGUUAACAAUCUUGCAAUUUCAUUCAAAAUGGGUCCGAGGCCAAGUGGUUAAGGUUGUUGACUUCACACAACUUACCCCUUGCUGCUAAAAUAAUGCAUGGAAGGGCACCCGAGGUCUUCCUCCAACAGUAAAGCUGGAAUGUCGCCAUGUAACCUAUACUUUGUCGGUAAAACCCAAUCAAACAAAUCUCAUUCAAAGCUUCCGCAAAAGUUCGGUCAUAGUUUAUCCCAUGACGCAUAAAAAUUGUUAUCAUAUGGAAGCAUUAAAUUUUACUUGACUUCAUUUAUUUUCUAGGAAACUGCUGCUAUCAAUAAUCAAAUCAGAGAUUAUUUAGUUAAUACAUAUGUCAAACAAUACUUAUAGGCAAUACUCACAUCUAGAAAAUUAUAAUCAUUUUUUUGUAAAAAAUUGUUUUUAUUCCAUGUUUUUAACCACUAAUAUUGAACAUUGACAUAAUUAUACUACAUUCCACAAUUUUUUAUUCCAUAUGCAUAGACAAAUCAUUACAUGUUGGCUAUUUUAUUCUACAGCUACAAUGAUAUCCAAUGCCCUAAGUCUUUAUGGAUUAAACAAUAUCAUAUAUUCUAUACAAUUCAUAAAAGCGCCAUUCUGACUGGCUGAUUAGGGUUGACAUCAUGAGUCCACCAUAAGACGUGUAGACCGCCAAAAGACAUGUGCACCUGAUAGCUUCAUCAUGGUGUGCUAAUAUGUCCAAAAUUCACAAAUAUGUAUAGUCAAACCUGUGAAUAAAGGUCAUUAAAAGGAGAGACCAUACAUGGUCUUUACAGACAAGUGGUCUUUAUUUGAAGUUUACUCAAUUGUAUUUUCAACAUUGAAGGUUUGUCGUUGAGUGGCCUUUAUUUGCAGGGUGGUCUUUAUUAGAAAGGUGGUCUGUAACACAUGUUUGAGUGUAUUCUGCUAUACGUGUAGGAUUAAGAUUUCCUGGUAUACAUUUUAACAAUAGUCGUUAAUAUAUCAUUUUUCUGACCAGAUAAAAGUUAUCUUGACCAAGGUCCAAAAAAUUAUAUAUUGACCGAAUAAUAAGUCUGAAAUUGUCCACCUUGCUGCAUUUGUGUAAUAGAUCAUCUUGAGGCCAUUUACAGGCAAAUAGUUAAAGCUGCUAGUGUUAAGUGUUAAAAAAGUUACUGCCUUUGAUUAUGUGAGACUGAGUUGUUUUAUAUGUUACUAGUAAUCUCAAUUGUAGCUCUGUUUUGUUUUCCAUAUAUUUAAAAUGAUGAAUAUCACAAUAUUUGAUGUUACAUAGAAAUAAAAAUAAUAUGCCACUGUU